UCAGUGAGUCAGAUGGGUGGGCAGCUGAAAGUUUCACGGGUCCCCUCCCUUUAAGAAGUCAGAUUCAGGUUGCUGUUGUCUCACAGACAGCUAUAGGAGAAGGACAUAAGAGCAGCACGGAUUCCUGAUGCAUUUCACAGAGAGGGAGAUGAGAUCAUUGGCAGUUUUCCUCGCGUGUGGAUGGAGAAUCACUGUGGCAGUCCAAAACUGAAUGCUGAGAGGUCACCUGCGUUGGCUUGCUAUGUUGGGAUGUGACAAAGCGUCAAGCUGAUAACUGCUGAAGAAGAAGAAGAAGAAGAAGAACACGGCAACAACAGGGAGUUUCUAAAGACGAACAGAACAGAGGCAAACUGAAGCAGAGGAGGAGGGGAGAGGGACAUUGAAGGAAAGAGAAAAGCACAGGAGAUAUUCUAAGGAGCCAAGUCCUGGAGAGUAGAAAAGUGGAAAGAAGAAUAACGUGACCAAGCAUGAGAGAGGAGGAGCCCUCCAGUGAUGAUCAACCUGAGGGAGGGGUGGUGUCUAAUGAGGAGAACAUGGUAAAACCACCUUCCAACGCCUGUCCUGUUGUUGUACCCACACCAGGCAUCAAUGGACGCAAACGGCAGACAGACUCACACAUGGUGGACCACGUUACCACAAUAACUCCCACCACUUCAGCAGACGGUAAGGUCACACCAGGGGACGACAUCCACAUCUACACCCGAACUGGACCCAAAAGAAUCAAGAAUAGCCCUCAAGAUCGGUCGCCUUCCUCCAGCCAGUCCCUUUCUCCUGUCCCUGGGCCAAGUCCUGGAAGUCUCUCGGGUCUUGAGGACCCACACGGCCAGCGGGUGAUCGCCAACAUCAGGGAGCGCCAGCGGACACAAUCCCUAAAUGACGCCUUCGCCUCAUUGCGCAAGAUAAUCCCGACGCUGCCGUCGGACAAACUGAGCAAGAUCCAGACCCUGAAGCUGGCAUCGCGCUACAUCGACUUUCUGUAUCAGGUUCUGCAGAGCGAUGAGAUGGACUCUAAGAUGGCCGGAUGUAACUACCUGGCCCACGAGAGACUCAGCUAUGCCUUCUCCGUUUGGAGGAUGGAGGGCGCCUGGUCGAGCAUGUCUGCUGGUCGAUAGCCGACGACCUGAAGCGAGGUUUGUCUUCUGAUGAAUUCCUCGUGACUGGAAAAUAUUAUUACUUGAUUCAGAGCGAAGGGGGAAGUCUGAACUAUGGCUGCUCACUAGGAAAAUGACACAAUUUAAAUGCCUCAAGUUAGAUCAUCUUUUUUGCCUCACUGAUGAAGGAUUGGCAAUCUGAUGCUUGUUGGGAGACUCUGUUGAGAUGUGACCCCUUUGUGAAAACUGAAGUUUCAGUGUUGUAAACCUUUGUAUCGGAUCCAUCUACGGAUCAUUUGCUAAAUAAUUUUCUUGUCAAAAGCAGCUCGAGUCACUCAUGGUAGGGUUCA